AUGGCAAACCUUUCUCUGUUCUUCCAUGCAAUAGUGUUGCUGUCAUGGCCUGCAACUCUUGCCAUUGCCUCACUUGCCGGAAACAAUACUGAUCACCUUGCCCUCUUGGCCAUCAAAUCGAGUAUAACCCAUGAUCCACAGGGAGUUCUUAACACAUGGAACACCUCCAUCCAUUUCUGCCAAUGGCAAGGUGUUACAUGUGGUCGCCGCCAUCCUAGAGUCACCAUAUUGAAUCUUGGAUCUAGAGGCAUUGUUGGUUCCUUGUCUCCUCAGAUUGGGAACUUGAGCUUUCUCAGAGUCAUAAGACUAGGGAAUAAUACCUUCAAUGGUGUAAUCCCACCUCAAGUAGGUGGUUUAUUCAGGUUGCAGAAGCUCAUUCUCUACAACAAUUCUUUUGAAGGUGAAAUUCCAGCCAGUUUAUCAAACUGCACAAGACUCAACAUCCUAGGAUUGGGUGGCAAUCAACUAGUUGGCAAGCUCCCACAACAGCUUGGUUCGCUGCUGAACCUCGUGAUCUUAUCCAUUAAUGAUAACAGUUUCAGUGGAGGAACCUCUUUCAUGGGAAACCUCACUUCUCUUGAAGUCUUAGCAGCCCACAACAAUCAUCUAGGAGGAAACAUUCCAGACGUUUUCGGUCAAUUGCACAGCUUGAAAGAUUUUGUUUUUGCUGGGAACCGACUGCAUGGUACGAUUCCUCCAUCCUUGUACAAUUUAACAUCUUUAAGAACUGUUGAUUUAUAUGAGAAUCAAAUCAGUGGAGGUCUAUCAAAAGAUAUAGGCUUGCAGCUACCUAAUCUUGAGGAGUUGCAGAUAUGGCGGAACAAACUUACCGGAAGCAUACCAUCCUCUAUUUCAAAUUGUUCAAACUUGGUACACCUUGACUUGGCUGAAAAUGGUUUCACCGGGAAAGUUGACAUAAAUUUCAGGCACAUACCAAAUCUUAGGUUUCUUGUGCUAUACCAAAACAGUUUAGGAAGUUCAGAACCUGAUGAGAUGAACUUCAUUGAUUCCAUGAUCAAUUGUAGCAACCUAGAAUUGUUCCUGGCUUUUAAAAACCAAUUAAGAGGAGUGCUUCCUAGUUCUCUAGCCAAUCUCUCAUCUCAACUCACACUUCUAGAUUUGGGUGCUAACUUCAUAUAUGGGUCCUUGCCUUCUGGGAUAGGGAAUCUUGUGAAGUUAGAAACAAUAUCUAUGCAAUAUAAUCAGUUGACAGGAAUAAUUCCUAGUGAACUUGGAAAUCUUGGAAACCUAACACAAUUAUACUUAAAUAACAACAAAUUCACCGGGAACUUUCCAGAUUCUAUAAGCAGUCUGUCAUUGUUGUUGGAGUUGGAUUUGUCGGUUAAUAGACUAGAAGGACAAAUGCCACAAAAUCUUGGUAACUGCAAGAGUUUGGUGAAGUUGUACCUUCCUGUAAACAACCUUACUGGCCCAAUACCCAGAGAGCUUUUUCAGCUAUCGUCCUUGAUCUAUCUAGAUCUCUCUCAAAACCAUUUAGUUGGACCACUUCCCCAAGACAUAGGAAACCUCAAAAGCUUAACGGUCCUCAAUCUAUCAAAAAAUGAUUUGGUCGGAGAAAUCCCAGAUGCCAUCACAAGCUGCACAAGCCUUGAGUACGUAUAUCUAGAAGCAAAUUCCUUUGCAGGUCCUAUAGCUCCCGCAUUUAGAGCAUUAAGAGGUAUCAGGGACCUUGAUCUUUCUAGCAACAACUUCUCAGGGAAGAUUCCAAUAUUCUUGGAGCAACUAAAUUUGUCUUCAUUAAAUUUGUCGUUCAACAAUCUUGAUGGGAAGGUGCCGACGGGAGGUAUUUUCAAGAAUGCAAGCAUGAUCGCAAUUAAUGGGAAUGGUAGGCUCUGUGGAGGCAUUCCUGAACUUGGGCUACCCAGAUGUGACCUGGUAGCAAGAUCAAAGAAAGGGUCCCGUGUUAUUCUGGUUGUUGUCCCACUUUUCUCAUUUCUAGUUCUAGCAAUGGCAUUGUCUUUGUUGUUUUGUUGGCAAAGAAGGAAAAGGCAAACACAGCCACCAGAAGCUUCAGCUGGGCAACCAUUUUCAAGGGUUUCUUACGGAAGCAUACUCAAAGCCACUGAUGAAUUCUCCGAACAAAAUCUGAUUGGGACAGGGACUUUCAGUGCUGUUUAUAAGGGUAUCCUUGAAGCAGGUGGUGCAAUGGUUGCUAUUAAGGUUCUAAAGCUUGGAAACCAAGGCGCUUUGAAGAGUUUUAUGGCGGAGUGUGAAGCUUUGAAGAACAUAAGGCAUCGUAAUCUUGUAAAAAUCAUUACUUCCUGCUCAUCUAUUGAUUUUCAAGGUAACGAUUUCAAAGCUCUUAUUUACGAGUUCAUGCCAAAUGGGAAUCUCGAUACGUGGCUACAUCCAUCUCAAGAACAAGAAAUUGAGACCGAAGAAGCAGCUCCACGAAGAUUAAGCCUUCACCAAAGAGUAACGAUUGCGUUAGACGUGGCUCAUGCCAUCCACUACCUCCACCAAGAGUGUGAGAUACCCAUAAUUCAUUGUGAUCUGAAGCCAAGCAACAUUUUACUUGACAAUGACAUGGUUGCUCACAUCGGUGAUUUUGGGCUCGCAAAGUUUCUUCCAUUGAAACCUCACGAAAGCAGUUCGAUUGGAAUAAGAGGAACAGUUGGGUAUGCAGCUCCAGAGUAUGGUCUUGGAAGUAAGAUGACAAAAGAAGGGGAUAUCUACAGCUUCGGGAUUUUGUUGUUAGAGAUGAUGACAGGGAAAAGACCUACAGACGAGGUUUUUAAAGAAGGGCUGAACCUCUAUGACUGUGUGAAAAUGGCAUUGCCUGAUCGUGUGAUGGAAAUCGUUGAACCGACAGUAAAGGAGGAGAUGGAAGCUGCAAGUGUCAAUCGUCGAUCCGGUGAGGAUGAAGUUAGAAGGUGGAAGAGAUUGGAAGAGGGCAUAAUGUCGUUGGCUAGAAUCGGGUUGGCAUGCUCCAUGGAAUCUUCGAGAGAAAGAAUGGAUACGAGCAAGAUUAUCGGAGAGUUGGGUCGCAUCAAUGCCAUCGUCGUUAAUUAGAGUAAAUUACGA